AUGUCGUCUUCGUUAUCUCCUGAUCAGUUUGGAAGCGCUCAAUCCCAUAGCUCCCCGGACGGCACUGCGACCAGCCAAGAUUGCAGCCCGCUUAAUCUCGGCUUUCUGAAGUCUCUGACUGAGAAAAGAACCACGCGAGAUGGCAACCCGGCCAAGCGUCGUGGCCCAAAGCCCGAUAGUAAGCCUGCUCUCACUCGGAGGCAAGAGUUGAACCGACAAGCACAAAGGACCCAUCGCGAACGCAAGGAGCUCUACAUUAAGGCGCUUGAGGAUGAAGUCCUGAGGCUGAAGGAACUGUACAGCAACGCUUCGCAAAGCAAAGAAAAGCUGCUGGCUGAAAACAAGUACCUGAAAACCAUCAUGGCUCAGCACGGUGUAAGAUUUCCGCGAUCCGCAGACCGGGACAACGGAGGGAGUCCCGGCGCAUCGGGCGCAAGUCCCGGCAACAGCGGUGCUCCGGGUUCCUAUGCCUCCUUCUCUCCAGGGUCACAAUCAGGGACUUCAACCGGCCAUUCCACCAAUUUUCAGCUCAUGGCCGGGCAGCAGAUGCGGAGCGCGGUACAACAAUUGGCAAACAAAGGCGUCGAUUUUGAGCAAGCCGGCAUUGAUUUCGUUUUAACGUACGACAAUCCCGCUUCUUCGAGGGCCUACCCAUCACCUCCUCCACAACUUGAGAAACCUUGCAUGCAACACUUGCCCUUCCUCACCAGUAGAUCGGAGGGAGGCGACCCAUGUGGCCAUGCCCUCAUGGCCUCGUGCCCGCCGGCUCCUUUCGGCAAGUUGACGACAAAGACACCAUUUGGAAACACGCACACGCACGACCGCGGAGACGGAAGCAACCCAGCUCAGGGAACAUGGGAGAUUAGCAAGGCUGAUCUGUCCACCUUGCUUGACCUGAGCCAACGGCUCGAUCUUGAUGGGGAGAUUACCCCCGUCAUGGCUUGGGGUAUGAUUCUGAGUCAUCCACGAUUCGCCGACUUCCAGCCAGAAGACUUUGCAAAGAUUGCCGCGGAGUUGGGCCGCAAAGUGAGGUGCUAUGGAUUCGGGGCUGUCAUGGAGGAAUUCGAACUAAGAGAUGCCUUUGAAAGCGUGCUGCCCUCGGGUAUGGAGCCAGAGAUCAUGGCUCACUGA